AGCCGACUAGGUUGACUUGACAUACACAUGCACGUGAAUUAAAAAAACUUUGCAUUGCGAUUUAAAUUAUUCUUCCAUCAUGAGUUUUUUUAUUGAUACAGGAGGAAACGAUGAUGAUAUCAAAAGCGUUCCUUUAGAAAAAGAACUACCAAAAGAAAUCGCAGACAUCCUUAGUAGCGUGAAAAAUACUGUAACUGUUUCAAAACCAAUAAGUAAAAUUAAAUCAAACACUUUAGACAAUUUUGCAAACAAUUUAUCAACAAUUUUAAAUAAUAAACGAGAAAAAACCUUAAAUCGUUACGAUUCUUCAAUUGUUCUAAGUGACACGAAACAAGAUACAGUUGUUUCGAAAGUAUUAGAAAAAUCGAAAGUUUUAAGUGAUCCAAAUUUCGAAAUACUCAAAUCAGUACCCAAUUAUGAUAUUAGUGAUAAAAAAUUAAAGAAAAUUAAACAGAUUGAACGUUCAAAAACCAAGGGACAAAAAUGGUUCGAUUUACCAGCCACAGAAGUAACGGAUGAAAUUAAACGAGAUUUAGAAGUGCUACAAAUGAGAUCUGUUUUAGAUCCAAAACAUUUUUAUAAAAAGAAUGAUUUAAAAGUUUUACCAAAAUAUUUCCAGAUUGGUAAAGUUAUGGAUUCUCCAUUAGAUUAUUACAAUAAUCGAUGCACGAAAAAAGAGCGUAAACGCACCUUAGUCGACGAAUUAUUAGCCGAUGCUGAAUUUAAUAAAUAUAAUAAAAGGAAAUAUUUGGAAAUUAUUGAGGAACGGCGUAAAACUAGCUAUAAAGCACAUCAACGAGCGAAAAAAUUAAAACGUAAAAAUAAAUAAU